AUGGCAGCUAUAUAUAAUUACAAAGAAGCAACAGAGAUACUCAUUUCGUAUGGAGCAAAUUUAAAUGCAAGACAUGAUUAUUUGAGGACACCACUCCAUGAUGCAGUAGAGAAUUAUAGUAAAGAAGUGGUAUCUUCUCUCAUUUCUCAUGGCGCAGAUAUAAAUGCAAAAGAUAUAAAUCAUCAAACACCUCUUCAUUUAGCAGUAUUAAGAAAUCCUAAUACCGAAAUAGCAGAAUAUCUUAUUUCUCAUGGUGCUAAAGUAGAUGUUUAUGAUUCUGAGGGCAAUAGCCCUCUUAGAUAUGCACGCUAUUUCAAUGACACAGAGAUGAUUGAUAUACUUACUAGGGGGUUAGAAAAAUCAAAGCUUCAAUAA